AUGAUUCUGAUCAUAGCAGCAAUAUUCUUGGUUGAUGAAGAUCAUUUGCGGUCAGGUUUUGACUACGCCUGCGGUUGGAACAGGUUCAACUUCGAUUUACUAGGAAUUUGGCCGCGGAAAAAUGCAACUGGUAUUGCGAAAUAUCGUUCUCUGAUAAAUGCCAGUGUCAUUUUUCUAAUUCUCGUAAUACCUCGGUCAAUCGCACUGUAUUUAUUCUGGGGCCAGAUAGAUGCGAUGAUCCAAUGUUUCUCGACCCAUAUGCCGCUUAUAAUUGGCAUGGUGAAACUCAUUAUUCUAUACUUUCAACAACAAGUGUUGGGUGAGUUUUUGGAAGAAAUGGAAGUUGAUUGGAAAGUUGUCAAGCCCACGCUCCAUCAUGAUACUAUGAUGAAAAUGGCAAACAUCAGUCGAGGGAUUUCGAUUGUUUCAAGCUCCAUGGCUUAUGCUGCAAAUAGUUUUGGUGUAGUAAAAUUCUACAAUCUGGAGAGUUUCCAUCUGAAGGAUCCCGACCCGCGUUUAACGAUGAAUCUAUUCUGGGUUGUCUGUCUACCCUUCGAUACAAGUACCAGCAUCAAUUUUUGGGUUGCCCUCCUGCUUCAGUUUUACGCGUCCUUCUCAGGUUCCCUUUCCUACUUCGCUUUUGACAGUCUCGUCGCAAUGAUGAUCUUCCAUCUUUGUGGACAAUUGGAUCUCGUCCGAUUGUCCAUAUCUCAACUCGGUGAAGAUAGUGAAACGCAGAGGGUUCGUGACAUCCAGGCAAUGGUGAGGAGUAUUGUGAAGAAGCAUGAGAAGCUUAUCCAAUCAGCCAGAAAUCUCGAGACUGCGUUCAAUUUUGCGCUCCUCCUUCUAACAAUUGGAUGUGUGCUAACAUUCUGCUUCCAGGGGUAUGCAGUGAUACGGGUGACUGUUAAUGCUGUGAGACAAUUGAAUUUCUUCCAAGUUGGUUUUGCAGUGACUAUCACAUUGAGUGCAGUCUCUCAUCUCUUCUUCUGCUGUUGGGCAGCUGAUUGUCUCAUAACAAAGAGCUCAGCAGUGGGCGACGCCAUUUAUCACAGUGGUUGGUACAAACUGCCUCAUUCCAAAGCACAUUUCUUUCUGUUGAUUGGGUUCAAAAAAUUUCGACCGUUGGAAAUAACGAGUGGCAAAUUUGCGGCACUGUCGCUUGAUCUUUUCAUGAAGGUAAUCAAAAUGUCUAUGAGCUACAUAUCUAUGCUGUUGGCUGUGCAGAGUAGAAGGACCUGA